AUGGCGGAGCCGUCCAAGGUGAUCCACAUCCGGAACGUCGGGCACGAGAUCACCGAGGCCGAUCUGCUCCAGCUGCUGCAGCCGUUCGGCUCGGUGUCCAAGCUCGUCAUGCUGCGUGGCAAGAAUCAGGCCCUUCUCCAGAUGCAAGACAUUCAUUCUUCCGUGAGCGCGCUGCAAUACUACAGUGCUGUCCAACCUAGCGUAAGGGGGAGGCAUGUUUACAUGCAAUUUUCAUCCCAUCAAGAACUUACCACUGACCAGAGCUCUCAUAGCCGGAAUUCUGAUCAGGAAUCAGAACCCAACCGAAUCCUUCUAGCUACUGUCCACCACGUGCUCUAUCCUAUAACGGUGGAGAUUCUGCAUCAAGUUUUCAAAGCAUAUGGAUAUGUGGAGAAGAUUGUCAAAUUUCAGAAGUCAGCUGGCUUUCAGGCCCUCAUCCAGUAUCAAUCGCGUCAUGAGGCUGUGGAAGCACUUGCUGCUUUGCAUGGAAGGAACAUAUAUGAUGGUUGCUGCCAGCUAGACAUCCAAUAUUCCAAUCUCAGCGAACUGCAAGUCCAUUUCAACAAUGAGAGAACUAGGGAUUUCACGAAUCCAUCAUUGCCUACAGAACAACGUCCAAGGCCCUCCCAGCAAGGUUUUCCAGAUCCUGGGGGUCUCUAUCCUUUCCAACAACCUGGAGGUCCGUAUUCACAGACAGGAAGAGCUGCAACGAUUGCAGCUGCAUUUGGUGGAACUUUACCGCCUGGAGUGACCGGUACCAAUGAACGGUGCACACUGAUAGUCAGUAAUUUGAACACUGAUAAAACCAAUGAGGAUAAGCUUUUCAAUCUCUUCUCUUUAUAUGGAAACAUAGUUCGAAUCAAGGUGCUGCACAACAAACCAGAUCUCGCCCUUGUAGAAAUGGCUGAUGGGUUACAGGCCGAGCUAGCUGUGAACUAUCUAAAGGCGGCCACGCUAUUUGGUAACAAGUUGGACGUCAACUACUCGAAGUACCCCACCAUAACCCCUGCCCCUGACGCGCAUGACUACAUCAACUCGGGCCUGAACCGCUUCAACACCAACGUGGUAAAGAACUACCGGCAUUGCUGCGCUCCAACCAAGAUGAUCCACGUCUCCGCCCUCGCACAGGACGUCUCCGAGGAAGCGCUCCUCGCCCAUCUGUCUGAGCACGGCUCUAUCGUCGGCACAAAGCUGUUCGAGGUGAACGGCAAGAGGCAGGCCCUCGUCCUGUUCGAGAGCGAGGAGGAAGCGACCGAGGCCCUCGUGUCGAAGCACGCCACCCCGCUGGAGGGGAGCACCAUCCGGAUCUCAUUUUCCCAGAUGCAGAGCCUGUAG